AUGUUGUUCGGCAACCUUCUUGCGCUGGCGGCCUUGGCCAGCACUGCUUUUGCAGCAACGUCGGAGAGACGCGCGACCAAGUUGAAAUGGUUCGGUAUCAAUGAAUCUGGUGCCGAGUUUGGCGAGAAGAAUUUUACUGGUGUUUAUGGCAAGGAGUACAUUUGGUAUGACCUAAAAACCAUUGAUCGAUUCAUUGAGCAGGGGAUGAACAUGUUCCGCUUGAACUUUUUGAUGGAGCGUCUGACACCCAACUCCCUGACUGGUGCCUUCGACCCUCUCUACCUGGGGAACCUCACCCAACAAAUCGACUACAUCACCAGCAAGGGCAAGUACGCCAUGGUCCAACCACACAACUACGGUCGAUUCCUUGGUAAUAUCAUUACCGACACCGCCGGCUUCAAGACAUGGUGGCAAAAUGUGGCAGCACAAUACAAAGACAACGAGCUGGUAGUCUUCGACACGAACAACGAGUACCACGACAUGGACCAAAAACUCGUCUUUGAUCUCAACCAAGCCGCCAUCGAUGGUAUUCGCGCCACGGGGUCAAAGAACUACAUUACUCCCGAAGGGAAUUCGUGGUCUGGUGCAUGGACAUGGGUAUCCUCGGGCAACGGUGCAUCCCUUGUCAAUCUCAAAGACCCUGAGAACAAGCUCAUAUACCAAAUGCACCAGUAUCUCGAUCAGGACGGCUCUGGUACAUCUGCCAAUUGCGUCAGUGCUACCAUCUUUAGCGAACGUCUUCGCGAUGCUACGCAGUGGCUGAAGAGCAACAAGAAGCAAGGUGUUAUUGGCGAGUUUGCGGGCGGAAACAAUCCUCAGUGCAUUAAUGCACUGAAAGAUGGUCUCAACUAUCUUCAGCAAAAUAACGAUGUGUGGUGGGGCGCUAUUUGGUGGGCUGCUGGGCCGUGGUGGGGUGACUAUAUCUAUAACAUGGAGCCUACGACUGGUGUUGCAUGGACCGGUAUCCUGCCACAGAUUAAGAGUUACUUCGUAUAG